AUGCAACAGGAACACCAAAGCCCGUCAACCAGCUCAAGCAACAGCAACGAGGCGUCCGCUUAUCGAAAAGUGUUGAGACAAGCUACGGCAGCGAUUCUGACGCAAAAUGAAUGCGGGAAAGCGACGGCACCGGCCCACGAGACGCUCACACAAUUGAUGGAAACUUACAUUUUGGCGCUUAGCGAGGGCACAAAGCACGCUUAUGAGGCCGCCACUCGAACAAAACCUUUCUACGGUGACGUGGUUGUAUCAUUGGCGAAUUUGGGUGUCGAAGAGGCGUCUCUCAAUCAAUUUCUUUGCUCUCAACUCGGCACCGCGGAGCCUUUGGUGAUACAAACGCCAAAAAUCGAGCCACCUUCACGUUUUCAACAGUCAUUGCAAGUGGGGAAAGCUCGUUCCCAUCCACCGUACAUCGCCGACGGAAUGCCGUCAUUCCCCGAUCCACACACAUACAUCAGGACAGAGAUUAGCGGUGAUCCGGAGAUCAGUUACGACAAGGUGCGAGAAUAUGCAUCCGAAGUGGAUCGAGAGUCCAGAAAAAACCUCAUCGAUUUGAUGCAACGCCGUUUCCCGACACUUUGCCUCUUUGAGAAAUUUCAUGAAAAUGUCAAAGAACAAGCACAGCAGUUGCUGGAUGAUCAGCGAAGAAACGAGGCAACGAUGGCAGAGAUGAGGCGACAAGCCGCGAAAAAGGCCCGUGUUGAGAAAGAACUGAAAGAGGUGAAAAACGCCUACUCGGCCGAGUUGAGCGAUGAGAUUCUGGAGGAUCCGAUGGAUUUGGGCGAAAGGAAUGAAGAUAUGCCCCAAUCAUCACUCCGGUUUGGCUCGAUUGAGGAAUCGCUGAAGAAAUAUGAGCGCCGAGAGACCGUCAAGAAUCUGGUGGCCAAGAAAUUGCCGCCCUAUUGCUUUAUUCUCGAACCGCAAACCGAAUUCCGACCGUAUCUCUCGUGUUUGGCGACCGAAGAUGGAAAUGAUGAGGGAAUGAAUGGAGAAAUGACAUCAAGCACAUCGACAACAUCGAUGAUGAUGAGGAAACAGAAAGACGAUGACGGGAAUACGAUUGUCGACAAUUCCUAUCUUCGCCCACCUCGAAUCCCUUCACGAGAUGACAGUCAAAUAGAGGAA